GGGUCUGUCUUUCCCUGCCUCCCCCGCCCAGCAGAGCCUCCCAGCACCCCGGGGGGAAACCUGGGCCACUUUGGAUCUCCCCUCCAGUCGUGGGCCAAUCCCCAUCGCAGCCAGGCCUGAUUCCAACAGGCUCCCUCGAACCUGCUCGCCACCCCAGCUCUUGGAGCGGGGCUCUGUCUGGCCGAGGCCCUUGCUGUCUCGUAGGACCCCCGGGGCUCCUCGGGGCAGACCGUGUCCCUGACCCCGGCCCAGAUGCCGCAGGCACAGGUGCUGCAAAUGCUUUAAUGGGGGUUUUGCACAGGUGCUGCUGGGCCUUUCCAGGACGCGCGUGCUGUGCCUGGCACGCCACGAGACUGGCAUCUCUCAGAAUAGGACAGGAACCAGAUGGCCCACCUAUGGUGGGGAGAAGAGAUUUGUUAACGAAAAGAGCACUUUCAGCGCUGCUGGCAGCAUUGGGGGAACCACGAGAACGGCUGAAGCAUCGAGGGACCGGUGACAGAAGAAGCUGUGAUGACCACCCCCAGGCCGAAGGAGGGCGGGAAGGAUGGUGGUCACCAGAGCCAGGGCCAUGGUCUCAGGAAAGAGCAGCCGGUGGGAUCCGUGCUCCUGCAGCCUGGUGAAGAACAAGUACCCCUCCCUUCUGCUCCAUGCGAAGUCCUCAUCAGGAAGCCCCCCUGGAAGCCAGAGGGUGAAGGAGUCAGCUCUGACUUUGCUCGUGACGCUCUACACCCAUGAUCUGGCAUCCUUCCUGCCGCCAUCAGAUUGGCUGCCCGCACAGAGGGAGGCUGCCCGACCACAGGAGACCCGAGCCGCGGUUCCCACAGACUGCCGCUGCAUCCCUGGGCCGCCCCAGACCAUGGAGCACAGGUCACACUCCCGCGGACGCUCCGGGGCCCACAGCUCAGCCCCUCUUAUGUGGGUGACUUAUUUCCCAGGGCCCCAGCAGGGGAAGUGGCCUCCGCACAGGGUCCCUCCUGUCCCCAGUGCCCCCACAAUCCAGAAAACGUGUGCUCCUCUUCCUGCCUCCAACCCCCUUGGGUCUCCCUUCUCUGCCCUGGUCCCGGCCAGUGAGUCACUUCUCUGCCCACUGCAGGGCCGUGGGGCCGGGAGCCCAGGGUGGGGGGCUGCAGGGGCAGGCCAGCACCCCACCACGUGUCUGAGCCCAGCCCUGCCGCAGCCCGCACUCUGCUGCCGUCCUCCCGAGGACCCAGGUCCACGCGUGGCAGGUUCUCACAGCAGAGCCCUUGCUGACCUGGGAUUCUCUCUGCAUGACCGCACUCGGUCACUUUUUAACCCAGUACAAACCCGCACACACAGAUACACAGACAGCCGUGCACGCGUGCAACACUCACGAAUACAGAAGACCUGUGUAACACGCCCAUACGACACACUCGCGUGCACACACUCUGCCCCUGGGGGGUGCAGCCCCCGCGGAGGACAGCUGCAGAGAGGGGCGCCUCAUUGUCAUUUCUUGCUGCCUUACAAGACGUUGACCCCCCAGCCACAUCCCUUUCAGACCCCGUCCCCAUGUGGUCAUCGGGGUCCCGGGAUCGGCUCUGAGGGGCCUGGCCCAGCCUGCCCCAGGUGUCGGGGGCCAUACCCCUCCCCCCGGCUGGGGGCCGGUUUUACAGGGGGUGCAGGGCUGGUGCUCGGUAAAGGUUGCGUCCACGCGGCCCAGGUCUCUGAGCAUAUAUCGUUCCCCAGAGCACACUGUCGGCAGGAACCCCGAUGCCUCCCUGUAGCCCUCCAGGCUUGGGAGACUGGCUCCGCCAGUUUCCGGUAGGCCGAGCCCUGGCCCUCCCUGCCUUCCCCCGCCACGGCAUCCCCCGCGGAAGCGCUGCAGGCCUGAUCCGAGUUCUCCCCGUUCCCGGGAAACCCCGCUGGCACCUUCCCUGGAACACAACGCGGAUCUGCCCACGGCUCCCCGCGUCACACGGCGGCCUCCCACCGGCGUCCCUGCCACCUUGCCACCAUCUGCGCUCCCGACAGCCACUAAGGAGGGCCUGGCCACCCUCGCAGGCAACGUGGGCCCUUGGCUCACAGCCCCCCGCUGCCUUGUUGGACCGGCACUCGCAGAAGGGGGACCGCUGCUCCCGGCCGUCCCCCUUCUGCCUGCCCGGCUUUUCACGUAGCCCUUAGCGCCUCUUGAUUGACUCCUUUAAUCCUUUAUCCUCUUUUUGCUUUUUUUUUCCUGUCUUCCCACAUUCGGGCACUGAUUCCGUGAAGGCACGGGUUUGUCUGCUUUGCUCACUGACAUACGGAGGAAGAAGCCGCGUCUGGCCCAGGCCUGGCCCAUGGGAGGUGCUUGGUAAAUAUUUGCUAAGUGAAUGAAUGCACGCAAUGCCUUUCUAUUUCCAGCCCCAGCCAGGCCUCUGGAAACCCAGAAACACAGGCAGAUCUGCAAAGAAGGAAGCCCUCACUUUCAGGGUUUGCGGAAGGUUUGCUGGCUGAGCACCAUUUUUCCCUCCUCGAAUCUCUCCACAACUCCUGCACGCCUUCUGCCUGGGGGGUUUGCAAGCAGCUGAUCGGAAGACGGGCUGGCUUAGGGGAAGGGGGCUUUGGGGUAGGGCCUGAGUGCUGAGGCCCCAGGCUGUCCCUGCAGCUGCUGCCUUUGCAAACGCCUGGAAUCCUGGAGCCGUUCCCACCCAGUCGAGCCGGGCCAGCUGAGCGCUGACUCCCCUUUAAGCUGGGCAGAGGGGGGCCUGCCUGCCCCAACCUUCUGUGUCUGUCCUCAUCCUGGAUCCCGGAGGCCAACCUCGUGGCCAUGGCAGGGCUGAGAGGGCCCCCUCCCAGCCCUCCCUGGGGAGAGGCCCCCCUCACUGUCACACGCCAGAUCACUCGGGCCACUCCGCAAGUCACAAGGCAGAUUUUCCAUUAGCGUCAAACGCCUGCGCAUCCUGACCAGCAGCUGAUGUGAGCACAAGGGGAAAGCACUUUAGUGAAGCCUCCUCACCCCGUCGUGCGCUCACAACGGCUUCUGUUGUUGGUGGGACACCCUCACGGUCCACAGCAUGGUCACGGGAUCUGGCUGGGGUCCCAAGACCCGAGGCCAGCCAACGAGAGAGCGGCGCUCCCCCACCCACAGAAACCAGCUCAGUGACAGCCAUGGGACCCAAGUCCACACAAUCUGAACCCUGCCCGGGAUUUUUUAGAAUGACCCUGAUCCUCCAAGCUGGGAGUUCUGAGGACCCCCUAGGCCUCGAGCUCCCAGGCCAUCUUUGCCUGGGAGCAAAGCCAACCUCAGUGAAAUCAAGUUUAGAGUCUGAAUUAAGAUGGUACCUAGGGUUGUCUUGCCAGCGCCUAGAUGCAGCUGUGCCUGAAGGCAGCUGCCUCCUACACUUUCCAGUUAAGCCAACUAGCAAACUCUUCUUUUCUGGAAUGAGCUUGGCUGGGGGUCCUGUCAGUUGCAACCGAAAGGAAUCCUCAGUACCACUAAGCGACAUUAACUCUCAAUGUAUUGAAACGGGGAUCUGUAGAUGGUCAUGGGGAGCAAUCCAGUGAGAGGAUACUGGCUCUGAAAUGUGGGGGAGGGGAUCUCAGAUUUAGGCAGAAACAUGUGCAGACCCCCCCACCCCUGCGUUGCCUCUGAAAUUGCCCGUCUAGGCCGGUCCAACUGUUUCCUGAAGGAUCUUUGCAAGCCACUAGAAGGGACCCUAAUCACAGAACUAGGAUCUGGGAUUAAGGUCAGAAUAAAAUAUUUGCAAACCGUGAGUUCCUUCUCCCAAGAUUCCCACAAACAUGGUGACAACCUUGGGCAUGUUGGUGAGCUCCUCCAGUGGGGGGGCUGCUUAUCCUCUAGAUGUGUACCCCCACCUGUCUUCCUCCCCCUGACCACCCUGCCCAGCCCAGGGACGUCUGAGAUGGAGAGCAGAUGGUCCCUGUGUAGGCAAAUGGCACAGGGGCUGCUCAGGGCCCUCCCGCCCAGGAGCAGGCGGGGGCAGGAGAUGUCUGCGCCCAGGGGAUCCCAGAACAGGACAGCCGUUUCUGGUGUUCUCCGACCCCCCGCUGCAGCCUGCCUCCCCUGGGCCCUCCCAGAGCCGUAGCGCAGGAGGCAGCAUCCGAAAGACGGGAAAAGGGACCUUCUCUGCAGCUCCUCCCCUGACAGCGAUGAGACAGGCCAGGCAGGUGACAGACACCGACUUUGUCCGUCCUAAUUCUGUGGCUCUCCACGGACAGAUGGCCCGUGCGGCUGGGUGACAGUGCCUGCCUCUGCCUGGGGCCGGCUGACCAACGUGUCGGAGGCAGUGGCCGCGGAGGGCAGCCGCUGUUCUCACUUGAGUGAUUACGAGCAUCGAGGGAGGUGAUUGUACCCGGGGUGGUCUCCGUGGGCGCAGGGCCCUGGGUGCCUGUUUCCACCACCCGCGUGCCACUUAAUGGGGAGGAGUCCUCUGGGCCUGAGCAGAAAGUGACCUCAGACAGGAGCCCAUCUCUGUCACGGGCCCAGGCUGCUGGCACUCAGGGCCACAUUCCGGGGCUUAACGCACACACCUCCCUCUCUCCUCUGGAGGCCAGAGCCUGAGCCCCCCGUGUCAGCGGGGCUGUGCUCCCCGGAAGGCUCCAGGGCGGGUCCUGCCUGCCUGUCCCGACUGUCGCUGGCUCCCCGGACUCCUCUGUGUUCCGUGGCUGUGUCCCAUCACCCCAGGCUCUGUCACCUGGCCUUCUCCCUGUGUGUCUUCGUGUCCUCUUCUCACAAAGGCACCAGCCAUCGGGGCUAGGGCACACCCGAAUGCCUUACGAUCUCAUCUUAACUGGGUUAUAUUUGCAAAGACCCUAUUUCCACAUAAAGUCACGACGUGAUGUUGCAAGUGUACACGAACUUUGGGGGCGGGACCCAAUUCAGUCCCGUCCGCCGUUCCACCAUCCCCUACGAAGGAUGAGGAAACUGAUCGAAAGGGGGAGGUUUUCGGGCUGGCUGGGAUGGAGCUGGGACCAGAACCUGGGUCCCUCCCUGCCCGGCCCUCCACCGCCCCGCUUCCCUAGAAGCCCCGGCCACCGAGUGCACAAAACUCUCCUGCCGGGUUCCCUCUCCGGGCCCGUCUUCCCUCUCCCUCCCGUUUCCAAACACACUGACGAAGGGGAUAAAGUAGAUGCAGUACGUGGUGUGUGCUGGCUUUUGUCUGAGAAAAGGUGAAAGUAUGACUAUUAUGUAUUUAUUUAUAUUUGCAAAAAAUCAAAGCCGUGGAAUGAUAAAUCAGAACUAAUAAAAAUGGUGAUUUUGGGGUGGGCAGAGUCAGGAAGGGCAGUGAAACUUCACUGUUCCCAGCUUGGUACAGUGUUUGUGUCGAAAGGACACCCCAGGGGCAGUGGGGGGCUCAGUCAGUGGAGCGUCUGCCUUUGGCUCAGGU